AUGGCGCUGACCGCGGCUCGGACAAGAUUUACCCUCAGUCAAUAUGGCGGCCCCCGCUGCGCCCUUCCUAAGAUGGCGGCCGGCUCCUCCUGUCCCUUUGUCAAAAUGGCGGCGCUGGGAUCACUCAGGCCCGUUUCCAAGAGGGCGGUGCCCAGCGUCGUUCCAAGAUGGUGGCCGUUGCCCUUUUCCAAUAUGGUCGCGGCUUCGCGGCUUCUCCUCCCCCAAGAUGGCGUCUCGCAGCCUGAGGGCGGAAGCGCCCCCUGUCUGAGUUUCGACGUGGUGCUCGACCCGCCGGGCCAGGAGCUUGGCCACUUCCCUCUCAGCCUGCGGCUCUGCGCCGGCACCCAGGCCGAGAGUGCCCAGGCCAACAGGCUGCUGGUGAUGAAGAUGCACAAUCUGCACCGCACGGGGGCGGGCGCCGAGAGCAGCAACAGCGAUGAGGAGGACGACGACGAGGAGGAGAAGAAGCUGCAGCUGGAGCUGGCCAUGAUCCCCCACUACGGGGGCAUCAACCGCGUUCGGGUCACCCAGCUGGGCGGGACGCAGUGGCUGCCGUCUGGUCGGAGAAGGGGCAGGUGGAGAUUACGACCUACAGCGCCCCUGGUGGCCAUCUCGGACCCUCAGGCCAUGGCCACCUUCCUGCGGGAGGAGCAAGCCAAAAUCAAACCUCUCUUCUCCUUUGCCGGACACAUGACCGAGGGCUUUGCCAUGGACUGGUCCCCCAUGGUGCCCGGGCGUCUCGUGACUGGUGACUCAAACAAGAACAUCACCUGUGGAGCCCCAAGGCGGACGGACGUGGCACGUGGACCAGCGCCCCUUCACCGCCCACACCGCCUCCGUGGAGGACCUGCAGUGGUCGCCGACAGAAGCCACAUGAACAGCAGCUGCCUGCAGUACGACCCCACUGAGCGGGGCCUGAUCAGCUACUUCACCUACCUCAUGGACCUGCUCUCUGGGACGGGGUUCAUGGAGCUCACGCACCUGUUCUAUGGUUAUUACCAAAACUCGGCCGUGGAUUUCGUGGGCUUCUCCUAUAACAUCCCCCUGGCCUAUAUGCUGAGCGUGUUGGGCUACUUCUCCGUCUGCCUCCUCUGGAUCGUCCACCGGGCCGUCCACCUCCUGAAGCGCAGCCUGGUCGGUGAGAACCGGGAGCUCAGCACCUACAGCCACAAGGUCUUCGCCGGCUGGGAUUUCUGCCUGGCGCCAGGCACCGCGGCGGCCAUGAAACACAACAGCCUCCGCUACGAGCUGCGGAUGGACCUGGAGGAACAGACCCUGCGGCGGCUCAUGGCCCAGCGCAGCCCGGGCCAGCGACUCGCCCUCUUCAGCCUGCGCGGGGCCGUCAACCUGCUGGUGCUGGGGCUGCUGGGGGCGGCUUUCUACGGCAUCUACCGGGCCACCGAGUACUCGCAGCGGGCCCAGCAGGACACCAGCCCGGGGCAGCAGGGACUGGUCUUGGGGCUGCUGGUGGCCUAUCUGCCCUCCAUCGUGAUCACGGCCGCCAACCAGGUGGUGCCGCUGGCCUUCGGGCUGCUGGUCCGCCUGGAGAGAUACCCGCUCAGCCUGGAGAUCCGGCUCACCCUGCUCAGGACCGUGUUCCUGCGUCUCUCCAGCCUCCUCGUUCUCCUCUUCUCCCUCUGGACCCAGAUCACCUGCCACGGGGACCCCGCCGCCGAUUCCUGCAGGAUCUGCCGCUACAACCACCAGCAGCACCCGUGCUGGGAGACGAGCGUGGGGCAGGAGAUGUACAAGCUGCUGGUGUUCGACCUGCUCGUGGUGCUGCUGGUGCUGCUGCUGGUGGAGUUCCCCCGGAAGCUGUUGGUGACCCACGGCCCCGCCCCCCUGGCCCGGCUGUUGGGGCAGCAGGAGUUCCUGGUGCCCCCCAACGUGCUGGACCUGGUGUACGGCCAGACCGUGUGCUGGGUCGGCACCGCCUUCUCCCCCCUGCUGCCCCUGCUCCACGCCGCCAAGUUCGUCCUGCUUUUCUACCUCAAGAAGCUCACCCUGUUCUCAAACUGCCGCCCGGCCGACCGCACCUUCCGCCCCUCCAGCUCCAGCUUCUUCUUCCUGCUGGUUCUGCUGCUGGGCCUGGCCAUCGCCUGGGUGCCCCUGCUGUACAGCGUCUUUGUCCUCCAGCCCUCCCAGGCCUGUGGCCCGUUCCGGGGUGAGCCGACCAUGUGGAGCACCCUCUGGGCGGCCAUCGACACCCUGCCCCUUGUGGCCAGGGAGUUCCUGCAGUUCGUGGGCUCGCUGGCCUUCGCUGUGCCGCUCUUCCUGCUGCUGUGCAUCCUCAUGUUCUACCUGAUGGCCCUGGAUCACUCCUACAGCUGCCUGGUGAAGGAACUCAAAGGGCAGCUGCGCCUGGAGGGGCAGGAUAAGGUCUUCUUAGUGACUCAGAUCACAGAGCUCAGCUAAGGAGAGCGCCGCACACAACUCCCGUCCAGUUGAUUUGAAUAUGACUCUUGGCCCUGCCUUGUCGGACCCGUCCCUCCCCUGCCAGCGUCAGCGAUUCGCCUGUGUGCCAAACCCGCCCCCUGCUGGAAGAAAACUACAAUAACCUCCAAAGAACCUGGAGCUCGUUCAUGGACUGUGUGUAAGAAUCACUCGCCCGGCGCUGAGACGUGGCCCCUCUGGGAUGGGGCGCGGGGGCUGUUUAUACAGAGACCUCUCACCUGGGGCUGAGACGUGGCCCCUCUGGAGUGGGGUGUAGGGGCUGGGUAUAUGGGGACCUCUUGCCUGGCACGGAGACACGACCUCUCUGGGGUGAGGGGUGGGGUUUGGUUAUACAGGGACCCCUCGCCUGGCAGCCACUCUUUACCGCCGCCCAGUGAUGCUGUUCAGUUUUGGACAGGAAGUGAAGCAGAACCCUGCAUGUGACGGACAUCCCAGGGGGCUUUGCAGGAGGAGGAGGUAGAAUUGCUUGUGUCCGAAAUGGGCCAGGCUGCUGGCCUUCAGGCCCCACUUCUCACGCUCUCCAUCCUGCCCCAGGCUAGCCCCCCGCCCUCCGAGCGGAGUAGAUAGCGGGUGAACCCGAGUGAAUCUCUUGUUGCCGGCUGGCAGCAGAAUUCCAUUGUCGCACUCCAGGGCAGCGGCAUUUGUAUUCCCUAUCCACCGGUCCCCAGCUGCCACCUCUCUUGGGCGGAGACCCGCGUCUCUCCCUCCCUCCCUGCCCAGGCUCUGAUUUCACCACACACACACACACACCC